AUGACCUGGGAAGUUAGCAACCCUGACAGUGAAAAAGGGCCGUUUAUUGCACACUUUUCAUACGAUGUUUUAUCAAACAUAUUCUCUCAGCUCACAUUUAAAGAGUGUAUCCGGGCAACUAGAGUUUGCCGUACUUGCUACGAUUCUAUCCUUCGUCUACCUGAUGUAUGGCGGGAAAUAUCUGAUGAAGAUUACGAUGUCCCACAAGACCUGGCCCCAUACGGCGAUUACUUUGCUGGCUCAGAAGUUCGUACCCUUCGUCUAAUGACAAGAAGAAGAUCACCUCGUGCCCAAGCCGUCCAGUUUGUGGUCGAUCACGACUGCCUCGAUAUCGAAGAGGAGCUUCCUGAAGAUCGACACUUCUUUGCGACUACCAAAGCUUUUUGGCAACAACUUGACCGUGCUUACGCUGAACAACUUCUUGCAUCUUACCAUCCAGGCUGUACUCGAGCAUUGUCCCAAUCUACAGAACCUCAAGUCAUCUUCUGUACUGCAGAGUCUCCAUCGCUUUCAGCAAUGCCAAAUCAUGCGUUUUUGGAACACUGGGGCCAUGACCUAUACCGUCGCAGACCGGAAGCUGUGCCUAUCACUGUCGUGCCUUCGGGAAUGUACUCUCCUGACGUACAAAACGGACUGCAAGAAUUGGAUCUGCGCUACAAUAAGGGUGUUGGCGACAUUCGUCAGAUGUGUCAAAUUGUCUACACUGCUGCAUGCUGA